GUAAUGUGUUGGUAUUGAAAUGGACUCUCGACACUGUGGCUUUCAGCCAAUAAUAGGAAUAGAGGCCACUGCAUCUUUUUGAAAGGAUGUUUAUAAACAUGAAUGUGCUUGGGCAUCAGUUCAAUUUUAGAAUCAUAUGAACCUAGGACUGUUAUUCACUGCUUUAAGUGUAAGAAAAUGCAGUUGUUUUCUCUUGGAAACGUGACAGACUGGGCUAUCAGUGGUGUAGAUCACAGUAUCGAAGGAAACGGUGGACCAGACUGUGUGAAGUAUCUUUCUCCCAACAGAAGAUUAUACGAAACAAUAUUUGCCACUAUAUUAGCAUUAAUUUACCUUUAUUGGGGCGUAAGAAGAAUUCACAUACCGGCAGUUCCAGAAAUUUCAAAACAAGAUCGAGGUGGCAGGAGAUCUUUAUUGAUGCUGAUGUGUUUAGUUUUAGGAAUGGAAAUUGGUUUCAAAUUUUCAUCUAAAACAGUGAUAUAUUUUUUAAAUCCUUGCCAUGUAGUCACUAUGAUACAAAUAUUUCUGCUUUCGGUUCCACCUUCUCGUUUGGUAACAACUCUCUUCAGAAUACAAAUCCACUGUUUAAAUGGUCCUCUUCUGGCAAUAUUCUUUCCAGUACUUAAUACUCGUGAGCUACCUAUGGAAUUGGAAUCUUACUGGAUUCAACACAUAUUGAUGCUGAUUAUUCCUUUCUAUCUUCUACGUACUGGAAUGAAUGGUGCCUAUACAGUGGAAUGUUUGAAAGAUUUCAGUUGGACUGCUAUGACAUUAGGAAUCCUUUUUCUGUAUCAUUUCAUUUUGCUUCAGAUUUUGGGAAUUGUUACCCAAGUUAAUUUGAAUAGCAUGGUCUGUCCGGCAGUGUCCGAUCCGUUCCGGGGUCAGAAUUAUCGUCUCUGGGCCAUCGGUCACCAGACACUCUUGGUGUUAAUAGCCGGAAAAUUGUACACAAUAAUUUCUCUGACUUUGCUUCAGAUAACGGGUUCAUUGGAAUGGAACGGAGAAAAGUACAUCGUCCUAGUCAAGACCAAAGACAGACAGUUCUGUCCUAUCUGCAGCGCGUGCGUUCAGGAAAAUAAUUGUAAUGCCGACGAAGUAAAAAUUAAGGAAGAGUAAUAGUCACACCAAAAAAAUUAAUGUCAUUAUUUGUAAGUGACAUUUUAUGCAAUUUUUUUCGCAAAAUGGGUUAGUUAUUAAUUUAUUAUAAUAUAUAAACACUUUGACAUAAAUCUCAUUAAAACACAAAAGACAUAAAUUUGUAUGAUAUAUAUUAAAAAAUUUAUAGAAGUAAUGUCUUCUUCCACUAAUGUGCCAUUGGUUACUCUAGUUUAUUAUGCAAAAUAAGUACUUAUUUUAUAAAUAGUCAUACAGUAAAUGUCCUAAUAUAUAUCAAAAUAGAUGUACGAGAUGGUCUUUUUUUAUGCAUUUCGAGUUAAAAGUAAUUAUCACUUUAUAAGCACUAAAAAUCAGCACUUUAAAUUUUAAAACCAUUUAAUUUGUAAUGAUUUUAUACUCAUCGACCUAAAAAAAAAAAAUAAUGUAUAUAAAUGAUAUAGUACAUUACAUUGUAUAGAAAUACAAAUAUUGAACUUGUACAAUUUUGAUGUAUAAAUGUUGCGUUAUUUAUAUGAGAAAGAAUGUUAAAAUAGAAUUGAUAUUUGUAUUAGAAUAGUGUGGAUUUACUAACUGUAGGAAAAGUUGAAAGGAAAUUUCAAAGACGAUAGAGCUAACGGCUACAUGAUAACUUACGGAAGAUUCCUAAUUUCGUCGAGGGUCUUCCACAUUAUAUCAAGUUUACCAAAUUUCUGAAUGGGGCAUUGCAGUCGUAUAUCAAUUUAAAAUGCUUAUUCACCAUUGAGAACAUAAUUUUGUACUCAAUAGUGAAUAAAUAUUUUAAUGGACAACAAAAGACAUAUUGUUGUGCAUAUUAUUAGCUUUAAUUCUUUCUGUCCAAUUUAUUUGGCUUAAACACACUUGAUAUAUUUUAAUUUCUGCAGAUAUAAACAAGUAGAUUUGCCAUUCAUUCUUAUUACAUAUGUCACAAAAAAUGAUUUAAAAGUAUAAAACAUUGUUUUAUACAUUUCUUUUUGGAGAUUGAAACAUAAAUGAGCGCUCGCUUCUUUCUUUUGCAAAUGUUGGAACUAAUUAUAAAAAUUUAAACGUAACUUUCCUAUGAAAACUUUAGUUAGUAAAUACUUUUCUUGAUUAUCAAUUUAUAAGCUAUUUAUAUCAUAAGAUUGAAUUAACUAAAGUCAAAUUCAGUUUCCUACUGAAUAACAAUUCACACACAACAUUCCUUUAUAUAAUAAAUUGCUUAAAAGCUGAAUAAACAAUUCUAAUUAUUCAUUAGUAAUCAUUACAAACAUAAUUUCAAGAAAUGUUUGAAAAAAGUCUUAUGGGAGAUGAGUUUUAUUCUAGAAAAGUAAGGCAUAAUGUUACUAUUGAGGCUCAUGAUUUAUGCCUUAUAUUUUACACUGUGAUAAAAGCACAAGGCAAAGACAAACUUCACAUUUAGAUUUGAGUGCAAUAAAAUAAGACAAAUAAGAAGAAAAACAAGGGGGAGAAUUUGUUUUCAAAACCUAUAUCAAUAAAUAUUUGGAUAAAGCUAUGACAUUGGAGUUUUGAUAAAUGUAUAAACUCCAAUGUUACAGGUUAAUUCUAGAAUACGUGAAAACAUAUCUGAAUGAUUUUUAACUAUUAAGUUUGAAUUGUUUGUUUAAUGAUUAUUAGUGAAAGGUAGUUAAGUGAACAGAAAGAAAUUCCUAAUUUAUAGAUAGUUUAACAACCAUUUAAAAGAUAUAUUCUUUUUCAUUAUUUUAAAGUUCUGAUUUGAAUUUUCUAAACAUAUUAAAAUAUUUUUGUAGCAAAUUCUGGCUUGAUUGAACUUCUCGUCAAGCCAGAUUCCAUUUGUAUUAUUCUGAACAAAAUGGCAUAUUUUUUCGAAGAAAACUAAACAGAUUUUAUAAUUGAAUAUAAGCACUUUCAAGGUAAAUUUUUUUUUUUUUAAUUUAAAAUUAAUAUAUGUAAUUCUAAAACUGAUUUAUGAUUAUACUAGAGGUGAGACUAAAAUAACUUGUGCAUUAUUAUUAUUAUUUUGUUCUGUUAUAAUGAAAUUUUUGAAGUAAAGUCGAACGUUUUGUUUGAAAUGUUUCAUAGAGGUACGCAUUGUUUUAGAAGUCAAAUAUUUACAUAAUUUAAACAUUUCAAACAAAGUAUUUUUUAAUAAAACUGAAUGUUUUAUUAUACAUUUUUAAAAGAAUGUAUUAGUUAUAAAGAUUACAACAAUAACAACUUAUUUUAAAAGAUUAUUUUAUAGAUUUUAUAUAUAUAUACAUUUUAUUAAUGUACUUUGUAAACUUUCCAACCACAAGAAUAUAUAUAUAUAAGGAACUUUCACAUUCCAAAUUUUAAAUUGUAAACUAGUCUAUGCUUUAAACAAACUGUCUGUUUCCCAAGAUUCCAUUUGUCUCAGUCAAUUUUGUUUUACUUUGAUAAUUUUCUAAGAACACUCUUUCAUUUCUGAUAUUUAUUGUCAGGCUCUUAUUUCGAAAAUAAAUUUCCUGGUAUAAUUGGUCACAUUAAAAACAAUUUGGUGGGUAUGUUCUUGAGACAUAUAUAUACUGUCAUUUCGGACAAAUCUGGAAGUAAACCUAGUGGAUUUGUAUCUGGGGGACAGGAAAAGUAAGAGAAAUCAAAACUUAUAAUUUGAAAAUAAGUUUUAUUCCAUCAAAAUAAGAGUUAAAAUAUGUAUAGUAAGCAAAUAAGUGUAGUGAAUACAGAUCAGAUGAGCUGUUUCUGAAUUUGACCUUCAGAAUAAGAUGAAUCAAGUUCUGAAAAUUUAUUAAUGGAUUCCUUUAUUCAUUAGUAAAAUUCCUGAUUUACGAAAAUUGAAUUUUUCAUUGAUUCACCUAAAAAAUUGUUUUUAAUUUAAAUAAUUUAUUCGUAUUUUUGUAGUUUUAUUCAAGUUUAAGUGUGUUGUUUUAUUGUGAAAAUCAAACGUUUUCAGACUAUCUAUUCCUUUUCAAUCUUUCUCAAAUGUAAUUUUUUAAAUUAAUCUCAUUUUUAGCUUAUUUAAAGGUCGAAAGAUCAUUCAAAUCAUUAAUAGUUACCAUUUAAAGAAGGUUGAAGAUAUUUUUAACCUAGCUUUAAAUAACAACCACCUGACAAUUUUCAUAUCUUUAACUGUUUAAAGAUCUCAACAGAGAAUUGUUUGUACAUACAAUUUUCCUUGAUUAUUGGAUAGUUUUUCAUUGAGACUUAUUUAGUCUCCUUAUUCACAAAAUUAGAAUGAAAUUCUUAAUUGUUUAAAGACAGGAAGGCAUUACAAAUGCUUUUAUUCAUAAGUAUUUAAUUUAAAGAAUUUUUUUUCUUUCUUAUGAUGAAUAGUCUGCAACUUUCUUUUCCACUUAAGUACAAAAUAAUAAAUGUAAUAAGUAUAUAAGAGAUUGCCAAAGGUUAACAAGCAUGAUACACUAUAAUAAAAUAUUAUAUAAUAUGAAACGAGGGUGGUAGAUCGAUAUUAAAGUAUGGAGAUUUUCCGAGCUGUCGGAAUUUCCUUACAUGGAGGAAUAAAUUUUGAAAACUGCCAUAAAGCUUUCAACUUUUCCUAACUUAAUAUUUAAUAAGAAAACUCUGUGAAAAAGUUUAUAGUCACAAUCCCUUUCUAUUGGUAGAAAUUAAAUUGUAAGAAAUUCGACUAAAGUUUUGAUCGGAAUAACUUCUUUUAAGACUUUAAAUAAGUUUUUUAGGAUAAAGUUUUAUUACAUUAUUCGUAUAGACCAGUGAUUCCCAAAGCGGGAUCUACCUCCCUCUUGAGAGCUGUAGAAGACUCUGGGCAGUGCUGGAAGGCAAGAGGUGAUAAAGGUGUUGGGCACUACCAUCCCUUUGGGGUAAUAGAAGACUGAAGGACACUGAAGACAAGGGGGUGAUAGGGGUGUUGGAAGACAGAGGAGACAAAAAUUAAUUUUGAAACAAUAAAUAUGUAGCAUACAUGUACUAAAAAGGGGCAGUAGUCCGAAAAGUUUGGGAAACACUGGUAUAGACUAUGUAUUAUACGUGACAAUAUAGAUAAUAUAUUUAAAGAAAUUGUUAUAAUAAGAGAAUUAUGUUUAAUAUAUAUUAAUUUAAAUGCUAUUUAAACUAUUGUUAUAAAUGAAUCAGAUGUAAAGGUAUUUAUAAUGGAAUACAGUGGAAUUUCUGAUUUGACAUUUAAGGGACCAUUUGUUUAAGAAUUCGUAAGACAUAUUACAAAUCGUCAACCGACCGUUUUGGGAUGUGUUUUAUGCAACAUUUUUUGUAUUAAUUCGGGUGAGACUCAUCGAAAAAACUAAAAAAAAGGUCACGAUUCAUUUUGUGCCGUUUGUAACAAAUUAUUUUAAUGUAAAGCCAUUUAUUUUGUUUUACCUUAUCUCGAUGUAUUUACUGUAUCAUUAAUCGUGAGAGAGACCAUUAAAGCACCGAAGUUGUACUCGA